AUGGAGUUGGACGUGCUCGCGAUGGAUUAGCGCACUCACAGCUCUCAAGAUUUCUGAAUUCAGCAGCUUUUUUCUGCGCAGCCCUAUUCUCUCGUGUGUGCAACACUUUUAUUCAACUUCCUGCAAUAUUCUUUUGCAUCACACCUCGUUUGUGUUCUUCCCUCCUCUGUGUGGAUUAUAUAUUUUUUUCAUAUAAUAACUUUUAUAUUUCGGUUGUGUGAUUAAUUAACACUGCACAGACACUUUUCAGCCAAAUGCCGCGGUGGUGUUCUUUUGCCCAUGAAUGGUGAACUCAUUAAAGUGCGAGUAUAACGAUAUUUUUUUCGGAGGCAGCAGUGAGUGAGUUAUUUUGUACCUCAGGUGGCUUCAGUGUCUCUCGAGGCGAUAUUUUUUUUGUGUGCCUAUUUGGAAAACAAUCACAAAAAUUGUGGCAUUUCCUCAAAAGAAGUUUAUAAUGCGUUGUUAGCAGAAAAAGAAAAGCCCCCCCCUCGUGUGUUUUGCAACUCAAUCGAAUUCCUUUCUUUUGUGCUCCCCAACAAGAAGAAGUUACGAACGGUGCGGGAAGAAAGUCGUUUACUCACCUGUCUAGUUAUAUCUCUUGUAUUACUCUAUAUAUUUUCCUCUUGUGGGCCUUUCUUGUGGCAAUUUUUUUAGUGAAAAUACACUGAAAGUCAUACAGAGAAAUUCUCAAAACGAACUCAUGUGCCAAUGAGCAAGUGCGAACGAAGGAGUUGAAUAUUUGGUUGAGGGGUAUGCCACCGACCAAUUUGCACCUCAGCUGAAGAUUUCUUCAUGAAAUUGGGAUUGAGGCUGAAGUGUCAGUGACCAAAAGGAGAAAACUCGAAUUGUGUGCCAGCAUCCAGAGAAAUCUUCGUGAGGAGUUGUGUGGAAAUUAAAGGUGUUGAUUUAACACAAAGAUGCUGCGUACGCAACAAGAAUGAUGCUGGCAUCUGUCGCAGACGUCUGUGUGUGAAGAGAAAAGACUCACUAGACUUUUUCAUCUCAUUUGAAAGAAAAUCACAUACAACUUCCUGCGUGCAACAAUGAUGAUGACGGACUGUAGUAGCAUCCAGGGCUCCACGAGUUCCAGUGACAUCACCUCCAGUCGCGGCAUAACGCCCCGGGUGCGUGUUGUUCGCCUCACACGACCCCACACAGGGGCACGCAAUGGCACCCUCUUGGCUACACCAGGCUAUGCAUCCUUUGGCUUUGCUAUUCGCGGUGGACGCGAAUUCGGGACGGGGUUCUUCGUGUCACGCGUGGAGAAAGGCAGCGAGGCCGACCAUCAAGGGCUCAGGGUCGGAGAUCAAAUAAUACGAGCAAAUGGUUAUCACGUGGAUGAUGCAGUGCACAGGGAACUUUCGCAAUUCAUAAGCUCACAGGACCGUUUAACACUCAAAGUCAGAGGUAUCGGCAUGAUCCCGGUCAAAGAAAGAGCCUGCGAUCCACUGAGUUGGCACAUUGUACCGCUAAAGGGUGCUCAGGUGUCUCCCACAGAGCUCGAUGAUGCUGGAAGUCGUGACAUCCGGGUGACCCUCAAUGUGGCACCGCGAAGCAAACUCGGGUUGGGCAUUUGCAAAGGACCCGAAUGGAAGCCAGGAAUAUUUGUACAGUUCACAAAAGAGAUCGGUGUUGCGAGAGAUGCUGGUCUUCGUCCCGGAGAUCAACUGCUAAGCUGCAAUGGGAUCGACUUCUCGGACAUCCUUUUCAGUGAAGCUGUGGCCAUUAUGAAAUCCUCAAGUCGACUGGAUCUUGUGGUACGAACUGCCGUUGGGCUGGAUCUAUUCCCGGGUGAAUCGAGUGGGUACAACAGCUCCGCCAGUAGCGUUACAGGUGGGGAUCAGAGUCCCUGCUGGGGUGAUCAGGCAUCCAAGAGGCUGAGCAUGGUGCGAGAGGAGAAUGGGCACAUCGACAACACCCUGGGAAGCACAAGGCGACCAAAGAGCUGGGAAAGGGGUAGUGAAGCAGAUCGUCGAAUGGAAAAACUUCAUCCAGUUGCACCUCCGCGAAUCCCUGAAGAUCACGACAAGAACACCAAGGGCUCCAAUACCACCAUCAUCAAACUCUCCGACACUGGAACAGUCAUCAACAAUACAGUCAUCCCCCAUCUCAGUGCAGUAGAAGUGUCCACGAGACAAACUACACGAGUUCACGUAUCUCCCGAGGCGGGAGAUGACACAGGCUAUGAAAAUGACGAGGAUUCAAUGGACAGGAGCAAAGUUGCAGAUAUUUGCUUCGUUUCGCGGCAGAGUGAAACCAAAACAGUCAUUGUGGAAGUCCAUAGAAAUCCUGGAGGUGCUCCUGAGUCACCCAGUGGAGCUAUUCCGCCACCACCACCACCAGGACACACAAGAACUCCAUCAGUUGUCAGCACAUCCUCAGGAUGCCCGUCUAGCCUCAGCAGUGCAAUCAGUGAUGAACUGAAGAGGAGAGCUGUGCGCAUGCAGUCAAAUCCUGGCGAAAGUAUUGAAGCCAAGUGCGAGAAAGUCCAGUCACAGGCCAGGAAGAUCGGAAACUCCAUUGGGGGCCACGACAAUGACAGGCAUAAUGCUUUAAUGAGUGAAUUCAAGAGAGCUCACCGGAAAAUGUUCAAAAACAGCGAGGAAAAUGGACUGAGCGAAGAUGAGAGACAUUCGCAGUCAAAUGGGACUCUGAGUGAAAGGAAGGAACCAGAGCGAAUGAAUGGGGUCACCCUGCUCAAGGAUCAUCCGCCACCGAGUCCACCCAAAGCUCCUCUUGUAAAAAUGAAUUCAGCCCCGAGAAUUAAGCCAACAACAGCUCCACCACCACCACCGCUCCCAUUUGCGGAUGGUGCAAAGAAUUUCUCUGAAUGUCGUCCACCUGCAUCCCCAAGUCCUGACUAUGAAGACUCAUCCCCAGCUGAGAAUCACGUGGCCACAAAUGGGGGUUCAGUGAGGGGGACAUUGAGUCGUGUUGCUGCCUCUGAGAUGGCCAAGGCGAACGGGGAUAUGGCAGAGAUGGAAUCUAUUGAGUCAUUUAAGCUCACCAACCCUUCAUCGCCACCCCCACGGCCACCGUCGCACUAUUUUGCCCCACAGAGCUCGGGUCCGCCAACAAUGCGCAAAAAUCGCCCAGUCUCCGUGACUAUCGGCGAGUAUGGGCAGGUGGGCCGGAAGGAACCGGCAAAAUUCAACUUUAUCGCACGCCCAGAUGAGAGUCCCCGGAAUGGAAAUGAUGAAGACAUGUCACAGAGAUUGCGAAAUGAGCUAGAGAUGACACUGUCGCGAUCUAAUCUGAAAAAACGAUCAGACAUUGAGAUGGCGAACGGGGAAACAACAAAUGGGGCUAAUGGUAUGGCCACAACUGUGACGAUCAAUGGAGAUAGCAAGAAGGAGAACAAUUGUCUGGAAAAUGGGAAGCUUAUCCUGCAGAAGAGCAUCUCCUCCAACAUUGAGAAGACAAAUGGAACGGCGAAUCGCGUCAUGAUCACCAUUCCCAGCAAACCGGAGCUCCGCAAAACGGAGAGUAGCCCUCCGAGUGGGAUUCUCAAGAAUGGUGGAACAACGAUGGCAUUCACAAAUGGGGCACCGGAGCACAAGAACAUCACCUUUGGGAACAUAACAACAGUCAUAGCGAGAGAUUCAUGAGUCUAUGGGGGCGGCCCAGGGUGGAGCCAUCAAAAACCAGGUGGAUCCUGGGUGGAAGUGAGCGGGAUGUGACGAUGACGGAGAGCCCGUGUGGUGUGCCUUGGAAUUGCAAUUGAGCGCUCGAGUGAUCAUCCAUCCCGCGUACGAAGUCAACAACCAGUUAAUGUCUGUGCCGCAUCAAUGGCUCCCUGACGGCUGCUGGCGCACAAACUUCGCCCCCCAUGCCCCCGUAAAUCUCCGCCGCAGCAGAGAUUUCUUACAUAACAAUUACUUUGUAUUUAAUGUUUUUUUUUCUUCUAUCUCUCUGUACAUUAAUACCCUCAUGAGUAUAUCCAUAUAGAUUAAAGUUAAGAUGAUGAGUUUUCUCUGUAAAUGUGCGUUCCCCUUACUUUUUUUUUUAAAUGUAUUUGCAUCAAUUAAAUGUAAUUUUUCUUGAAAAA